AUGUGCAGAAGCCUACAAUUCCUAGUGAAUUCUUGGAUUGGGGUUCGCUUAGUUUCUGCAGGACAUCAAUCUUUGCAACUGAGAAUUUGCAGAAAGCAAGGACUUGGUACUUAUUCUGGAGAUAUUGUGUUCGCUAGUAAGCUGACCGAUUCAGAGGCAAAAUGGCUUCUCGAGACUGCACAAUCAUUUUACUUAAAUGAUGUAGGUAAGCUGUCACUUUCUUCACUCACAAACACGUACUGUAAAGCAAUGGCAGAAACCUCCGACGACGCAAAGGACAUCGAGAAGCUCUACGAGUACGGAGAACGACUGAACGAGGCCAAAGACAAGUCUCAGAAUGCGGAGGACUAUGAGAAUAUUAUAAAGACGGCCAAGAGUAGCAGCGUAAAAGCAAGGCAAUUAGCAGCGCAGCUUAUUCCGAGGUUUUUUAAGUAUUUUCCAGGCCUAUCGGUCAAUGCUGUUGAUGCACAUCUUGAUUUGUGUGAAGCUGAAGAGCUUGGGAUUCGUGUGCAAGCCAUUCGCGGCCUUCCUCUUUUCUGCAAGGAUACACCAGAGCAUCUUUCUAAAAUUGUUGACAUUCUUGCACAGCUCCUUACUGCUGAGGAAAAUGUGGAGCGGGAUGCAGUGCAUAAAGCCCUUUUGUCCUUAUUGAGGCAAGAUGUAAAAGCUUCUUUGACAGCCCUGUUCAAGCACAUUGAGAGCGUCGACGAGCAAAUAGUAGAUGAAAAUCUUCGUGAGAGAACCCUAAUCUUUAUUAGAGAUAAGGUAUUUCCUCUUAAAGCCGAGCUCUUGAAGCCUUCAGAUCAAAUGGAAAGACACAUAACUGAUCUUAUUAAAAAGAGUCUACAAGAUGUAACAGGAGCUGAAUUUAAAAUGUUUAUGGAUUUCUUAAAAAACUUGAACAUAUUUGGUGAGAAAGCUCCUCCAGAGCGAGUGCAAGAACUUAUUGAAAUCAUUGAAGGCCAAGCUGAUUUGGAUGCACAAUUCAAUGUUACGGAUGGAGACCAUAUUGAUAGACUGAUUUCAUGUCUAUUCAUGGCUGUUCCCUUUUUCGAGAGAGGUGCAUCUAAUAGCAAGUUUUUCAACUAUGUGAACAAACACAUUUUUUUAGUUUUUGAUGAGCUUCCCGAAGAACGAAGAGUGGACCUUCUUAAAAACAUCGCCGAGAGUUCACCUUACACCUCACCACAGGACUCGAGACAAAUCCUGCCUUGUGUUGUUCUGCUGUUGAAGAAGUACAUGCCUCGAAGAAAAGCAGGAGAAGAGAUGAACUUUACCUAUGUUGAAUGCUUGUUGUACACAUUCCACCAUUUAUCUCAUAAGGCUCCAAAUGCCACUAAUAGCUUAUGUGGUUUCAAGAUUGUCACUGGGCAACCGUCGGAUAGGCUUGGGGAGGACUUCUCUGAGCAAUACAAAGAUUUCACAGAGAGGUUGAACUGCGUUGAAGAGUUAGCGAGGGCUACAAUGAAGAAGUUAACUCAGGGAAUGGCUGAACACAACAAAGCAUUGGCAGCUGCUUCAUCUGAUGAAGCGAAGGAUAGAAUUAAAAUGCAGAAGCAGAACACUACGACUGGAUUGCGAACUUGCAAUAACAUCUUGGCUAUGACACAGCCACUGCACUCCAAGUCACCUUCAUUUAUUGGUGACAAGAAAGUUAAUUUAUCCUGGAAAGAAACUGUGAAACCUUCGACGACAUCAACUCCUACUGUUGGGGGGAAGCGUCCUGUUGAUUCUCUUAAUGGUGCUGGCAAUAGUACUUUGAAAAAGGGGCGUGGAGCUGGCAAUAUGCAAAAUCAGUAUGCUAAUAGGGCAUUUGAAAGCCUAUCUUAUGGAGGGAGAAGUGGCUCAAGGGGCACUGGCAGGGCGAGGAGCCGUGGUGGACGUGGGAGGGGAAGGGGAAGGGGAAGGAGCUACAGAUAA